GACACUUGGCUUCAUUGAGGAAACACUCAACGUGAGCGUUUCUCAGAGUCAGGAGUGCAGAUUAUCGUCGCCGGUCAGACGGUCAGAGACUGUUUGGCUGUUUGUCUGUCGGUGUUUUCUGGAUUCCUCGUCUCGUCCGUGUGUCGUUAUGUCACCGUCUGAGCUUCUGACCAGAGCAACUCGAUAAGAAACCCGGAAAAAUUAAGCAUGGACGCACACGUUGACUUACAGCAAAGAGACAACAGCACUUCAUCAGAAUCAACAGAUCCUCCCCCGAGGAUGACAAGACAACAGAUUCUCACUUUAAUAUCAAUGGCAUCUGUCAACUUCAGUUCAAUGAUUUGCUACUCAAUAUUAGGCCCAUUUUUCCCCACUGAGGCAAUAAAGAAAGGAGCCAGUCAGACUGUCAUUGGUCUCAUAUUUGGCUGCUACGCUGUCUGCAAUUUAAUUGGUUCAUUAAUACUGGGAAAAUAUAUUGUCCAAAUUGGCGCAAAGUUUAUGCUCAUUUCAGGACUUUUUGUGUCGUCAGGCUGCACCAUUCUGUUUGGAUUACUUGAUCGGGUUCCUGCAGGACCCACUUUCAUUAGUCUGUGCUUUAUAGUAAGGUCCGUUGACGCCGUGGGCUUUGCUGCUGCAAUGACCUCUUCUUUUGCCAUGACAGCAAAAAUAUUCCCAAACAAUGUGGCGACUGUUUUGGGUAGUUUGGAGAUUUUCACAGGCCUUGGUCUUAUUCUCGGCCCGCCAGUAGGAGGGUGGUUCUAUCAGUCAUUUGGAUAUGAAGCCCCUUUUAUGCUUCUUGGAUUUUUCCUGUUGAUUAUGGUGCCUUUCAACAUUUACAUCUUGCCAACCAUAGACGCAGACCCCUCGAAAGAUUCAUUCUUUCGGCUUCUCACUCACGUGAAAAUAUUACUGAUCUGCUAUGUGAUAUUCACUCUUAGUGCAGGUCUGGGCUUCUUGGAUGCCACGUUGUCCCUGUUUGCUAUUGAGAGGUUUAGCCUCUCACCCGGCUACGUGGGACUCAUCAUGCUUGGUUUGUCGUUACCAUACUGUCUGGCGUCACCGCUGAUGGGUUAUUUCACUGAUAAAUAUCCUGCCACUAGGAGUUGGUUCAUGGUGACAGGAAGUCUUGCCACAGCAGCCGGGUUCUGUUUGCUGGGUCCUGCUCCUUUCCUCCACACCCCGAGUCAGCUGUGGUUACUCGUCCUCAUGCUUGGAGUAAUUGGGUUUUCUCUGGGCAUGACUGCAAUCCCCACGUUCCCUGAGAUCAUCACAUGUGCAUAUGGACAAUCAUUUGAAGAAGGGCUUAGUACUCUUGGAAUGGUGUCGGGCCUGUUUGGUGCAGUUUGGUCCAUGGGGAUGUUUUAUGGCCCAAUAGUGGGUGGCCUUAUCACACAACAUCUGAGCUUUGAGUGGGCAGCUGCAGUCCAAGGAGGCUUGACAUUUCUGGCUGCCUUUCUCCUCGCUGUGUAUUAUGUCUUUCAACGACCUCAACAACAAAGUAUUCCAGAAGAUGGGAGACAAACAGAUGAAAGAACUCCUCUCCUGGAUGAAUGAGAGCCUCAGAAACACAUGCAAGGACGUCAGAUCUUAAUGUUUCAUCCGCUUAUUGGCGUCAGUCUUCAAGUUAAACUGUUUUAUUUUUACUUUUAUUAUUAAAUGUAUUAAUUUGUAACUCUUGUAAAAUAUAAAUUAUUGGGUUGCAGGGAUUGUAGCGAUUUUUACUUGGGUCAUGGAAACAUUUUGUUGCAUAUUUUCAUGUACUAGUUUUAUUAUGUUUUUAUGAAAUGUCAGAUUAUUUCAUACUGAGCAGUGUCUUCAAGCUGCACUUUGGAUGAAUGUAACAUGAAUCAAUAUGGUCAACCACUGGAAAUCACAGGACAUUUCAAGUCCAGGCCACAAGCCAAAUGUAUUAAUGAGCUUAGUUUUCUACAUCACGUGCCUUGGAUUUCAUGUUGAAGUUAAACAUGUCAAGAGGUGUCAAACACGUUCAUUGUUAUGUAAAGGAAAAUAACCUUGUUUAUAACAGUAACAAUCUUUGAAGCGAUGUAUUACACAGGUCAUGGUAUAGUUUAAUACAGAUCUCACUGCAAGUAGUGAUGCUGUAUGUUGAUGUGGAUUAUAAUUUUGAAAUAAAAAGACAUUUAUGUCCAUUUACAGGUAACUAAACUUUACUGACUCAAGUAAUUUUUUAAGUAAUAAUUUAUAGGUCAAGUACGACUGCAGAGGAGUGUGACUUUUCAAAUUCUUAACAUGGAAAAAGAG